CAGCCAUUCACUCGGCCGUCAGCUGCGCGACAGAAACAACGCGGCGGCUGCCAAGAGUGAACUUGCACAAGAGGCGACGUGCAGAAGUUCUGGAGGACUUCUGGGGGAUUGGAUUGAUUGAGAACAAUGACUGUCUUGUCUCUCAUUUUUUACCUAACCAUUCUGACAGCUGCCACCUGGGCUUCUGAUGAUGAAACCCGCCUGGUCAAAACCCUCUUCACUGGUUACAACAAGGUGGUCCGGCCCGUCAGUCACUUCAAGGACCCGGUGGUUGUCACGGUGGGCCUGCAGCUAAUCCAACUGAUCAGUGUGGACGAAGUCAACCAAAUUGUCAGCAGCAACGUGCGACUCAAACAGCAAUGGAAAGAUGUCAAUUUACAGUGGAACCCGGAGGAUUAUGGCGGGAUCAGAAAGAUCAGAAUUCCCUCCACUGACAUUUGGCGGCCCGAUCUGGUGCUCUACAACAACGCCGAUGGUGACUUUGCCAUUGUGCAUGAGACCAAAGUGCUGCUAGAGCACACGGGCCUGAUCACGUGGAACCCUCCCGCCAUCUUCAAGAGCUACUGUGAGAUCAUUGUGCUGCACUUCCCCUUUGACCUGCAGAACUGCAGCAUGAAGCUCGGCACGUGGACCUACGACGGGAACUUGGUUGUCGUCAAUCCUGACAGCAAUCGUCCCGAUUUAAGUAACUUCAUGGAGAGUGGGGAGUGGGUGAUGAAAGACUUUCGCAGCUGGAAGCAUUGGGUGUACUACGCUUGCUGCCCAGACACCCCCUACCUGGACAUCACCUACCAUUUCCUCAUGCUACGCCUCCCACUCUACUUCAUCGUUAACGUCAUCAUCCCGUGCAUGCUCUUCUCCUUCCUGACAGGGCUGGUCUUCUAUCUGCCCACAGACUCUGGUGAGAAGAUGACCCUGAGCAUUUCUGUCCUCCUGUCUCUGACCGUCUUCCUGCUGGUCAUCGUGGAGCUGAUCCCGUCGACCUCCAGCGCCGUCCCACUAAUUGGGAAGUACAUGCUCUUCACCAUGGUCUUCGUCAUCGCCUCCAUCAUCAUCACCGUCAUUGUCAUCAACACUCACCACCGAUCACCGAGCACCCACACCAUGCCCGAAUGGGUGCGAAAGAUUUUCAUCGAAACAAUCCCCAACAUUAUGUUCUUUUCAACGAUGAAACGUCCCGGGAAGGAAAAGCCAGUCAAAAACAUCUACGGCGGGGACUUUGACAUCUCCGACAUCUCUGGCAACCAGGCUUCUGCUGUGGCCUACCAGUCACCCAUAACCAAAAACCCAGACGUCCGCAGUGCCAUCGAGGGAGUGAAGUACAUCGCGGAGACGAUGAAAUCGGAUGAAGAAUCCAACAACGCUGCUGAGGAGUGGAAGUUUGUGGCGAUGGUGUUGGAUCACAUCCUCUUGUGCGUCUUCAUGGCUGUGUGUCUCAUCGGCACGUUAGGCGUGUUUGCUGGACGUCUCAUUGAGCUGAGUAUGCUCUAG